GGCUCGCAGCACCGCGUCCCACCGGCCGCCGUUCACGUCCUCCAUGAAGCUCUCGAUGCUGUCGACUGUGUGCAGAGCCACCGUGCUCUCCUCCUGCAGCGUGGCCAGAGUGCGCGGCAGAUUGUUCUCCUUCAGAGCUGAGUGUGAGAGCAUGCAGGAGGAGGAGGAGGAGGAGAGGCUCCAGACUCAGAGACAAUCAGCAGCAGGGUGAGGAUGGUGGUGGUGAUGAUGGUGAUGAUGAUGAUGAUGAUGAUGAUGGUGAUGAUGGUGAUGAUGAUGGUGAUGAUGGUGAGCUCUGAGAGCUGGAGAGAUCAGCUCCAACCCGGCAGCUCUGACCUGGACUGGUGUGAAGGAAAUUAUCUCAUCCACCCCAACAUCGCUGAGUUCUACAACACGAUCAGUAAUGUGCUGUUUUUCGUCCUGCCUCCUCUCCUGAUGCGUUUAUUCCGUCAGUACGCAGUGUGUUAUAACCGCGGGAUUUAUGUCAUAUGGUUCCUGCUCAUGGUUGUUGGCGUGGGAUCGGCGUAUUUUCACGCCACGCUCAGUUUUAUUGGUCAGAUGUUGGAUGAACUGGCGAUCCUCUGGGUGCUGAUGUGUGCUUUGGCCAUGUGGUUCCCUAAAAGACUCCUGCCCAGGAUGAUGCUCCAGAGAAACAGCAGGUGUCGCUUUAAGCUGCUGGUGGUUCUGCUGUCGGUCGUCUUCACGUGUCUGGCCUUCGUGAAACCGGCGCUGAACGCUGUGUGUCUCAUGACUCUGGGGUUCCCGUGUGCGGUUCUGCUCAUCACCGAGCUCCACAGGUGUGAGAACCAGCGUGUGUUUAAGCUGGGUUUAAUCUCGGCUGUGUGGUGGACUCUCGCUCUUCUCUGCUGGAUCAGUGACAGGAUCUUCUGUGAAAUCUGGUCCAACAUGAACUUCCCCUACUUACACUGCAUUUGGCACAUUCUCAUCUGUGUGGCCUCGUACCUGUGCUGUGUGUGUUUCGCGUAUUUCGACGCUGUAAGCGAGGUUCCAGAGCGAGAACCGGUGCUUCGGUUCUGGCCCAGUGAGCGUUGGGCUUUCAUCGGUGUUCCUUACGUCAGUCUUCUGAACACACACCGAAAAUCCUGUAGCAAAACAUCGUAAAGUCUCAGGAAGAGUGUUUACACGGAGGAGUGUGAAGGUGUGAAAAGUGACAUGGAGAAGAAGUUCUCAGACAUAAAAAUCACACAAGUUGACAUAAGCAGUCUACCUCAUGCACCAGUUUCUCCUCAAACUCCUGACAGCUCAAUGGAUGCUUUAAACGCACAAGUAAUAUUUACUAAUGCUGUUAAUAUUUUUUAAACUUAUUACCUUUUAUUAAUGUUUAUAUUGUGUCAAUGAAAAAUAAUCACUUCACUUUCCAGAUUUUUUUUCCUUUUUAACCAAUGAAUUGUUGAUUUUUUUCCUUGAUGAUGUAGGGGUGAUAUAUAAAUUAGUAAACAGACAUUUUUUUAAACAAAUUUUGUGUACAUUCCCAUUCUGUAAGAGUUAAACUAAUUUUUUGCAUAUGAAGUGAACAGCACAAAGAUUGAAGAUUACAUUUUAAUUGAUAUUUCCUUUUCUUUAAUUCUAUUAAUUCUAGCACAAUUACAGAAGUGAAAUCAGGAAUAUUUUAUAGUUUACACAUUCUGUCUAAACAUUAUAACUUCCUGUUGCGGCUUUAAACCCUCUACAACCUGUUAGUUAGAUUUCUCAUUGAUCCAGUUAUUAGCAUAAUAAAUUAUAAAUAUAAAUAUUAUUUUAUAGAAAUAUUCACAUGAAUGACUGUCACGUUUGGAAAUCCUGAUGAGAAAUCUGGCACAAAUUUAUCAAUUUCAAAUGACAAAAUCUUUGUACAUUUGUUUUUAUAACUUUAUUUGAAUUUGUAAAUUAGGUUUUGUAGCUGAAAUUGAAAUUGUAUUCCAUGGCUUGAAUUUUUGUACAAGGUUUCAAAUUCAAAUUGAUAAUAAUCUUCCAUAAAAAUUGUAAAUUAUAAUUAAUAUAAAAUGAGCCAUAUGAACUUGAGCACUAAUAAUCAUCUUUAAAACACUUU